AUGUUCUUCGAUCCGUCAGAGCACAGAUACGAGGUUCGAAUCACCCCACCCCGAAGUGUGUACGAGCCACAGGGGCGCACAUCCGCUGUCCGCAUCUUCGAGAACAAGUUUGUCCGUUAUCCUCUGACGGAUGAAAAGAACACACACAAAUAUUACGCGCAGCGGCCUUCUGGAGUCCUUGAGACCACCUUCCAGCUCAAACAUAAGGUCUGGUCCACACCUCGUUCUGUGCAUGAUCCAUGCGAUCCAAUAGUGGAACAAAUGCAUCAGCGAACCAUUCUACGAUGUUUUAAUUGGACUAUCGAGAGACCGAAACAACGCCUCAUUUUAACCCCCAGUUGGGCACCGGAAACCAGUCAAACUUCUUGCGAUGGUCCUCGAUUUGCUUGA